AUGGAGGAGAUUUCAAAGAAGGUGAAUAUUUAUGAUAGUUUAAAGAAUUCGCCGCUUCAUUCCAUUGUGAAAAUGCCUAGACCAUCUCAAAUCGACAUUUUCCCAGAAGUUGUCGAUAUGCUACUCCAUUAUGGUGUUUCAGCUGAUCUCCUUGAUAAAGAAGGGAAAACCGCUGUAGACUACAUUGAUCAGGCCAAAUAUCCUAGAGUAUUUGAAAUUCUGGAAAGAAAAACUAAUGAAAUAAACGCACCACAAAAUGACGAAAAAAGCAGCGAAAAAAGCUCUAAAAUGAAAACUGAAAACAACCAUUGGCAAGGAAAGGGAUCGGUAUCAACAAGCGUAAAUCGUGGGCAAGACCGAUCUAUAAAACGAGAAAUAAACAAAAAUACUGGAAAUCCUCAAAAUCAAGAACAAGUUAAAACAGGUAAUAGCCUUUCUUCCAGUAACACAACAGAACUGGCACAAAAUGGAUUUGAAACAUUAAAGAACGAAGGUGAUAGAAUGUUCAAAGAAAGAAAAUACGAGGCCGCGUUGAAAUCAUACAGAAAAGCAAAGGAGUUCAUGAAAAUCGCCAAAGAGAGUGAAGUCAUUUCGAUAUUUUGCAAGAUGGCAGAUUGUUAUCUUAAUUUUAAGCAAUUCAAAAAGGUCAUUGAAGAGAGCAAGCAUUCCAUAUCAUUCCUUGGAAAGUCGUUCCAGGCUCAAUUUAGAAUUGGUAAAGCCUAUGCUGGUCUACGGCAAUAUAGUGUAGCAGUUAAAACAUUCUGUAUUGCAUACGGCUUGUCAAAUGCAAAUUACGAUGAUUUACUAUAUGAACUCGCCAAAACCUACACAAGCUGUGACAUCAAAGGUAAAAUGGACUUGUUUGAAGAAGUUUUCAGGAAAGCAAAAGAAAGAAAAGAGGAAAGUAAACAAGAUGGCCAGAACAACACUGUCCUCCAUCUUGCCGUGGAUCAGAGGACGAUGUGCUGUCUUCCUAAUGUAACCAUGCCAAAGAGAGAGUCACAAAGACGUUUAGAUAUGCAAGUGAAGAAAGAUUACAGAAGGCAAGAUUUAAAGAUAUUUCAACAACAAAUGAAGGCUGAGAAGGAAAAACGAGCGGAGCAAAAGAAGUUGGAGAGAAAAAGAAG